AUGUUCCAUCUAAGAGAUUUUUAUGCAGUGUUAAUAUUAGCCGGCGUCCUAUUUAACGCGACCGCUGAUACAAACGUCCGAAACGAAGCCUGCGAUUUAUCAGUACAAGAUGUAAAUAAUCUGACUUUGAAUUGCUCCAGACGAAAUAUUGAAACAAUACCGCGUUGGCCGGACGAAAUAAAUAAAAUAGAUGACAAAGACGGUCAUGUACUUAUAACUUUCUUCAACAACAGCAUCACAAAUAUAACUAUGUUGGAUACAAUACGAGCGAGUAGGAUAGCCAUUAGUUUCAAAUCUAACAGGAUAAACGAAAUUCAGGAUAAUUCGUUCAAAAAUAUCCACAAUCUCGUGUAUUUGGACCUAAGCAACAAUAGACUGUCAGGCGACGUGCUCCGUAGUGAGAUAUUCCAAGGUCAAUAUAACAACGGCGAACACAGCAGCAUCGCUCUGGAGACACUAAACUUGGGUUACAACAGAAUACACUCUUUGGACAGAUAUUUGUUCCAUUUCACACCGAACUUGACCCGUCUGUACCUUAACAACAACCCCAUUGAGAUCUUGGACCAUGUCACUGUAAUGGCUCUAUCGAGUGCCACCAAGUUAGAGGUGUUGGAUCUAUCUAAAACGGAUAUAGACACAAUACCGUUGGAUACAUUCAGGGGUCUUUUGAAUUUACGACAGAUCGAUCUAUCAGGGAAUAAGUUUCUUACCGUACCUGAGAGUUUGAGUCUCGUCGGCAGCACUCUGAAGUAUCUCACCUUCAACAACAACCCUAUCGUAGAACUCAAUGACGACAGUUUCAUUGGUUUGUCAAAUCUUCUCGAAUUAGAAGUCGGUGAAAACGAUAACUUGGAAGAAGUGAAACGCAGUACGUUCACGCCGUUGAAGAGCCUGCGUGUUUUGCACCUGUGUCACAAUCGAAACUUACGAUACAUAAGUCAUAACGCCUUUCGAUUAAUCAAAGACAAAUGGACGUUGAAAGAGGUAUAUCUUGAUGAGAAUAAUCUUAGCGAACUGCCAACUGACUUGCUACAAUGGAACAGAUUAGAAGUGUUAGGGAUGUCAGGCAACAAUUGGCUUUGCAACUGUGAUUUAGCAGAUAUUGUUACAAGACAAGAAGCUGGUACUAAGUUCAAAUCUGAAGAAGUACCUUACUGUGCUGCACCAAUGAGGUUGAGUGGAACAUAUAUUACAAAUUUUACAGCGCCCCUAUGCCCUUCACUUGACACAACAUUCGCACAGAAAAAUAGAUUUUCACUAAAAGAUUUGAAACCAAAGCAUGUAUUAUGGAGCAUACUGGGAGUAGCCACUGUUGUAGGCAUCGGAAUGCUAUGUGGAAUCCUUGUUAACUUUAUUAAGGAGUUUUAUAGAAAGAAUCUGAGAAGUGAACCCAUCAGAUACAUUAACAUCAUUAAUGAUUCUAGUUACGCAUAA